ACCACCUCAAGUUAUUACAUUUCUCUUGAGACAGUGAUAUUUAUUAUAGUUAUAAAUUAUUACCACCCCCUUAUUUGCAUGUCAUAUGUUUUGGGUUGGUUAAUACGCAGCUACUAGAAAUUUUGAUUCAAAUCAUUUGCGUGACAGGUUAUAUUUACUUUGUCAACAGUUGCGUGAUCCAUACAAAAAGUCUUUCCAAACCACCUCUGAUUUGCAUAGUCAUCGAUUGGCUUUGCUCCUAAUGCUGUAUACAAGGUUAUAACAGAACAAUCAUGCAAAUAAAUUCAACCUUGAGACCAGUAGAUAUAAAUGGGAUCACUGCCGGAAUUAUUGACCUGCUGCAGAAGCUAACCUCAAAAAAAGUCCCAUUGCUCAUACAGAAUUUUCCUUUCAAGUGCCUUGUGCACUAGGGCCCUAUCCAAACACAUGUUAAGUGGACAAAGAAACUUGUAUAGAUCUGCACAUUCCACUGUAGUCGAAUGGACCUUAUACAAGUAUACUGUGUGGAGUGUUGGGGAUCAAAGCCCAUCCUAUGACCUUAGGCAUGGCAUGUGUGGUGUGUGUAUGCAUAAAAUCCCCUGUGUACCAAUAUCCUCUAGCAACCACACAGUGUCAUAUUACAUAAUAAGCAAUGUAGCGCUAUGUAUGCAGUACUCCAUGUAGUCUGAUGACCCCUUUAGUCCCCAGUUGACCCCAUGGCAUUCCUGCUACAAGUAUAACUCCUGAUCAAGCAGACUACAUGUGCCAUACCACAAGUUUGCCUGAGUCACUGUACAUGCUGGAGUUCUUGAUACAAAUGGAAGUUUGACUGCCACAAAAGAACAGAAUACACAGCCUGUACAGCAGAGAGUUUUUCCAGUCCUUCAACUUAUGACAUCACCAAGGCCAUCCCCGCUGAAGAUUGGUGGCACGCAGAUCCUACCCAAGACAAUACAAGUAGUCAACUCGACCACAGGCACACCUGUGACCCUGAUUGCUGAGCCAAGGAACAUACUCCAGUCAAGUCCUAAUGUAAUCACUGCAUCCCUGGUACAGUCCCAGUCACCAUCAUGGAGCGGAAAAAAGAGAUCACAUGACUAUGCCAGCUCAGACUACGGAGACAGCAGCACGAAGAGAAAGAAACGGGAAAAAGAAAGCAAGGGACUUCGUCACUUCUCCAUGAAAGUCUGCGAGAAAGUUCAGAAGAAAGGCGUAACAUCCUACAAUGAAGUCGCCGAUGAGUUGGUCCGAGAGUUCAGUAUGCCACCACAUCAAGCACAGCUAUCGGCACAUGAUCAGCUGCAGUAUGAUCAAAAGAAUAUUCGGAGGCGAGUCUAUGAUGCCUUGAAUGUUCUAAUGGCGAUGAAUAUCAUCUCCAAGGAGAAGAAGGAGAUUCGAUGGAUUGGUCUGCCUACAAACUCUGCUCAAGAAUGCGCUAACCUGGAGGUCCAAAAGAAAGAGAGAGAAGAUAGGAUAAGGCAGAAGACCAGUCAACUACAAGAACUUAUUCUUCAACAAAUAGCCUUCAAGAAUCUGGUCCAGAGGAAUAAGAGGUUAGAGGAAUCAGGAGUGGGCCCUCCUACCAGCAAUUCUGCCAUUCAUCUGCCUUAUAUAAUUGUUAAUACAAGCAAGAAGACAGUCAUUGACUGCAGUAUCUCCAAUGACAAGUUUGAGUAUCUGUUUAAUUUUGACAACACCUUUGAGAUUCAUGAUGAUAUUGAAGUUUUGAAGCGCAUGGGGAUGGCGUUUGGCCUGGAGAAAGGACAGUGUAGUAGUAGUGACUUGGAGAAAGCCAGGACUAUGGUACCAAAAGCACUAGAGCAAUACGUACUGGAAAUGGCUGACAGAGACAGAGCCACAACCUCAAGUACAUCAAUCAGGGCGGGACCUAGUGGAAUCCACACCCAUGCCUCAUCUACCCAUGCUCAAGCCACGCCUUCAAGCUCCAAGGCAUACCAUCGUAACCCACAGUUGUCACCACUAGCUACACCAUUAUCACAGACUGAUGAAGAAGUUGCCAUGGCUGUAGAGGGUAUUGGCUCAGCCUCUCAAAGCUCAAGCCUAGGGUCGUUUUCUGAUGCAGGACCAUCACGUGGAGCAACUGACACCCCCUCGUCACUCAUGGACAGUGGCUCUGAUUCAGAGUCAGAGAUAGAUGUAUAAGAAAACAGAAAAUGUUCAAGAAUGGAUAUUUAUUAUGCAAGACUCACUUGUGGUAUGUGCUUAAUGUACACAGCCUUGUUCAUGACUGCUUUGCUUUGAAGCUCACAAAAUUGGGACUAAGUUAAAGUGGGAAUGUUGACCAAAGUUGAAGCUUGGCGGCUUACCAGGAAAUAGGUGUGUGUUGUGCUGUUAUGUUCAUGUAUCUACAUGUAUAUGAUUGCCAGUCAGGGAGCUCCAUUGUUUGUUAGAGACAUCGGAAUUAGAAAACACUUUUGGUCUAUUUCACAAUUUUAAAGUGCAUGCUGAACCCUAGGUAUUGAAAAAAGAUUUACUGAGUUUGCUCUGAUUGGUUUAAGUGUUCCAUGUAUCUUUUCUCAUUUCAUCAAGCCGUCAGUUUCUUCUUUACAGUUAGAUGUUUCUAGCUGUUGACUGUUGGAUACAAGGAUUGAAUCCGUAUUGAAGACUCCUUUCAGAUUCGUAAAUUACACAUGGAUGCUGUUUUGUUCUUUAUGUAGUCAUGGUGUGCCGUUGAGAUAUUUGUAUCAUGAAUAUAUCUACCUAUGUUUUGGUUACGUAAUCAUGUUUGCUUUUUACUGAAAUUCUUAAUUGUUCAGGAUGGGACUGCAGUGUGUUCACAGGAAGUAUGGUUUUGCUGUAACCAAUAAUUAAUGCAAAUCACUGUACAAGUCUCCAAUACGGGAACCUCAUGCAUGGCUUCAGUACUGUGACAGAUAACAUGGAGAUACGUUAACUGGUCUUCCUAACAGGUUAUAGUUGCUUGUACGCUCAAACUGUGUAAUGCUUCCGCAAAAAGCCGUGUUUAGUUACAGAAAAAAUGGAUAUCGAGUGUAUGCAUGCUGGUACCUAUGCCAUCUAUUUGUCACAUUGCAGCUUUUAUCUUUAUUCCAUCCUUUGUUUGGCAUUUGGUUUGGAUUUGUAACAGAUAAUGCAGACGUUGCUAUACAAUGUUUCUCCAAAUACCCUCCAAUCCCAACAACAAUCAGUGUCUUUGCUUUGAAGCUGCAAAAGAGUUCAUUCCGAAAUCCGGUUGUAGUCUGUGUGUUGUUUUAGAUAUGUUUGUAUUAUUUGACUUAUUCUGUAUCAAAUAUAUGCUUUCGCCAGAACAUUAUGUAACAUCUAGAAAUGCUGGCCAUUUGUCCAACAUCCAUCAUUUUGAAUCAUACUAAAGUGAGCAACCACAUUGCAACUUACUCUGUAUCAGUUUUUAUCAUGACAGUAAAGGAACAUUCAGAUUUGAAUCAGGAAAGUUUUAUUGUUCACAUUUUGUGACAGGUUUCCAAUCGUGUGCUCAGGGUAGAAAUAUCUCCAUCCUGUGUCGUGGUUGGCAAAACUAAACAGACAUUUGUUUGAAAUGAGGUUGAGUGUAUGACAGUAAAAUACAAGGAUAGUGAGACAGAAUUUUAAUGAUUUUUUGCACAGCUUUUUGUAAUAUAAUGCAUAAAAUCGGCAAAUUGUUGCCAUCUGACACUGUGGAAUGUAUACAAUUUAUGUUUUAGUCUGUGAGGAGUUUUAGAAUGUAAUGCAAACAUGGAGAGAUGCCUGAUCAAUCUAAUCUCUUGUCCAUAGGAGUGCUUUUCUAAACUGAUGUGCAUACGGACAGUUAGUUGAAAAGCCUCCUCAGAGAUAAUAUGAACAAUGCUCGACAGUGUUGCAGUCAAUUGCUUCAUCGCAAAAGAUAUGUGUUUUACCUGUAGCAUUUUGGAAACAGCUGUUAAAAAUGCUAUAUUUUUACUAUUAAACCUAGUGUGAAAAGGGUGGCAGAAUUAGUUUACACAGGAAAAGUGCAUUGUUAAUGUUUGGUUGCCAUUUCUUUUCAUUUAUCUGUCAUAAAAAUACAUAAAGGAUAUGAGAAAUUGAAAGUGAGGAACUCAUUUGACUAAAAUGUGAAUAGAAACGUCGUUGGUUUUGAGAUAAGACAUGUAGAAAUGCAGCUUUUUCAUCGAAACGGGUCGCAUUCAAAGAAAGGUUUAGCUAGUUUACAGUAAAAUGUAGACUAACUUCAGAAUUUGAGAGCAGUUUGUCAAAGUGUACAAAAACUUUUUGUUUGAAUAUUAUGAACUAUAAAUAGCUCAGUCUAGUAAGAAUAUACAACUAUAGCGAGAGUGGAAUGUGUGAGAGAAGCAUUUUAAAACUCUUUUGAUCCAAUGUGAAUCGGAAAAAAAUGUGUACUGGUUUGGAAAAGUAAACUUGCUAUUGGGUAGUUUACCUAAACCCUUCAAAUAAUUCAAAGUGAUUUUUAAUGGAUAUUAUAUACUUCCAUUGUACAUACACACUGUCGAUCUUUACAGAGUUUUUCUUUGUGAAAUGUAACAGUUUUGAGUAAGGGACAGUUAGGGUGAAGCCAUGAUGGUCUUGAAAUCUUUCAGAUUAAGAUACAAAAUAUAUAUUAUGAAGGCUUAUAAUCUGAUCUGGUUUGUAAGGUUUUACACUCUUAUUAAACUAUGGUGUUCCCAAUGCUUACCUUA